UGACUUCGUGAUUGUCUCGACGACAAAAAAGGAAGGAUGGUCGCAGUGGAUAUCAACAAAAAGGGCAAGAGCCUUCGCAUCGGCAAGCGCAAGGGUGCUACCAUCCGAGACGUCAACGCGUGGCACUGGAUCAAGACGGCUGCCCGCCACUUCAAGAGGGAGGGCAACCUCUUCGUGCCGUCCUGCACGGAGCUCGUGAAGACCUCCUGCGGCCGCGAGCGCGCACCACAGAACCCGGACUGGUACUACAUCCGCUGUGCGGCCGUCCUGCGCGCGAUCUACCUCCGCCCCGGCGUCGGCUACGGCGGUCUCAGCAAGCGCUUCUCCAGCAAGAAGAACUACGGCAGCCGUCCGGAGCACAUGGUGCGGGCCGCCACUGGCCUCCUCCACUGGGCUUGCAAGUCCCUCACGAAGCUCGGCCUCGUGAGUGGCGGGAAGACCUCCGGGCAGUGCCUCACCAAGAAGGGCCGGAUGUUCGCGGACUCGCUCGCCUUCAAGGUUCAGGUCCGCAAGUUCCAGAGCAAGGAAUAG